AGUUUGUGCGUUAAAAGUGAAGGUGGGAAAAAAAAAGAGGAAUUCGCUUGAGGAGGGAAGAAGCGGGUAUUGUGUGUGUGUGAGUGAGAGUCUGUGGACGCUGCUGAAGGUCGAGUUCUCCCCCCCCCCCCCGCCUCACAUAAGGAAGCUUUGCUCCCCCCCUCCGGCUGGCGGAGAUACUUUAUUUCCAGCGAGAGGGAAAGUUGGCCACUUGAUUUCUGAUGGCUCAGCGGAGCGUCCAGGAAGAUCCAGAGAGGUAUCUCUUUGUGGACAGGGCUCUGGUUUACAACCCUGCUACUCAGGCUGACUGGACAGCUAAGAAACUGGUUUGGGUGCCAUCAGAUCGCCAUGGCUUUGAGGCUGCUAGCAUCCGAGAGGAGCGAGGCGAUGAGGUGGUGGUGGAGCUGAUGGAGAACGGCAAGAAGGCUCUAGUCAACAAGGAUGACAUUCAGAAGAUGAAUCCACCCAAGUUCUCUAAGGUGGAAGACAUGGCUGAGUUAACAUGCUUGAAUGAGGCUUCAGUCUUGCACAAUUUGAAGGAUAGAUACUACUCUGGUUUGAUUUAUACCUAUUCUGGACUCUUCUGUGUGGUCAUAAAUCCAUACAAGAAUCUCCCCAUUUAUGCUGAACAAAUUAUUGAGAUGUACAGGGGGAAAAAACGACAUGAGAUGCCACCACAUAUCUACGCCAUUUCUGAAAGUGCCUACAGGAGCAUGUUGCAAGAUCGUGAGGAUCAAUCAAUUCUUUGCACAGGAGAAUCUGGUGCUGGCAAAACAGAAAACACUAAGAAAGUUAUUCAAUAUCUGGCCCAUGUUGCUUCCUCUCACAAAGGGCGAAAGGACCACAAUAUCCCACAGCCCAUUUCGCCUAAACCAGUGAAACAUCAGAGUGGAACUUCACUGUUAUAUGGUGAACUGGAGCGGCAGCUUCUGCAGGCAAACCCUAUAUUAGAAUCAUUUGGCAAUGCCAAAACUGUGAAAAAUGAUAACUCUUCACGUUUUGGGAAAUUCAUCCGAAUCAACUUUGAUGUCACAGGCUAUAUUGUGGGAGCCAACAUUGAAACCUAUCUCCUGGAAAAAUCUCGAGCAAUCCGACAGGCCAAGGAAGAAAGAACAUUCCACAUUUUCUAUCAGAUGCUUUGUGGAGCAGGAGAACAUCUUAAAUCUGAUUUGUUGCUUGAAGGAUUUAAUAAUUACCGUUUCCUGUCCAAUGGUUAUGUCCCUAUCCCUGGACAACAGGAAAAAGAUAACUUCCAAGAAACCAUGGAGGCAAUGCACAUCAUGGGCUUCUCCCAUGAGGAAAUUUUGUCAAUGCUGAAAGUGGCUUCGUCGGUACUGCAGUUUGGAAAUAUAAUCUUUAAGAAGGAGAGAAAUACAGACCAAGCAUCUAUGCCAGACAACACAGCUGCUCAGAAACUCUGUCACCUACUGGGAAUGAAUGUAAUGGAGUUCACCCGUGCUAUACUCACCCCCCGCAUCAAAGUUGGUCGAGACUAUGUUCAGAAAGCACAGACCAAAGAGCAGGCUGACUUUGCAAUUGAAGCAUUAGCAAAGGCUACUUACGAACGCCUCUUCCGUUGGCUUGUUCACCGCAUCAACAAAGCUUUGGAUAGGACAAAACGACAGGGAGCUUCUUUCAUAGGCAUUUUGGACAUUGCUGGUUUUGAAAUAUUUGAACUGAACUCAUUUGAGCAGCUGUGCAUUAACUACACCAAUGAGAAGUUGCAGCAACUGUUUAACCACACCAUGUUCAUCCUGGAGCAAGAAGAAUACCAGCGGGAAGGCAUUGAGUGGAAUUUCAUUGACUUUGGCCUGGAUCUACAGCCUUGUAUCGACCUCAUUGAGAGACCUGCAAACCCCCCUGGUGUGCUGGCUUUGUUGGAUGAGGAAUGUUGGUUCCCUAAAGCAACUGAUAAGACAUUUGUGGAGAAACUGAGUCAAGAACAGGGGACGCACUCGAAAUUCCAAAAACCAAGGCAGCUGAAAGAUAAGGCCGACUUCUGUAUUAUUCACUAUGCUGGCAAGGUGGAUUACAAGGCAGAUGAAUGGCUUCUGAAAAACAUGGACCCACUCAAUGACAAUGUUGCAACCCUCCUGCAUCAAUCAUUGGACAAAUUUGUGGCAGAGUUGUGGAAAGAUGUUGACCGUAUUGUGGGAUUGGACCAAGUUGCUGGCAUGAAUGAGACUGCCUUUGGCUCCUCUUAUAAAACGAAGAAAGGCAUGUUCCGCACAGUGGGGCAACUGUAUAAAGAGUCCUUGGCCAAACUAAUGGCAACUCUCCGCAACACCAACCCAAAUUUUGUUCGAUGCAUUAUUCCGAACCAUGAGAAAAGGGCUGGAAAACUGGAUCCUCACUUGGUACUUGACCAGUUGCGCUGCAAUGGUGUAUUGGAGGGUAUUCGAAUUUGCCGCCAAGGUUUUCCCAAUAGAAUUGUCUUCCAGGAGUUCAGACAGAGGUAUGAGAUCCUAACCCCUAAUUCAAUUCCUAAAGGUUUCAUGGACGGCAAGCAAGCCUGUGAGCGAAUGAUUCAUGCCUUGGAAUUGGACCCUAAUUUAUUCCGUAUUGGCCAGAGUAAGAUCUUCUUUCGUGCUGGAGUUCUAGCACACUUGGAAGAAGAACGGGAUCUGAAGAUCACUGAUAUCAUCAUUCUGUUCCAAGCUAUAUGCCGUGGAUACUUGGCUCGGAAAGCAUUUUCGAGAAAACAGCAGCAGUUGAGUGCACUGAAGGUUCUGCAGAGGAACUGUGCCGCUUACCUAAAACUCAGACACUGGCAGUGGUGGCGUCUCUUCACAAAGGUUAAGCCGUUGCUGCAAGUGACUCGUCAAGAGGAGGAGUUACUAUCUAAAGAGGAUGAGUUGACAAAGGUGAAAGAGAAGCAUGUAAAGGUGGAGGCUGACCUUACAGCAAUGGCGAGAAAGCACCAGCAGCUAAUUGAAGAGAAGAAUAUCCUGGCUGAGCAGCUCCAAGCUGAGACUGAGCUCUUUGCAGAAGCUGAGGAAAUGAGAGCCCGCUUGGCUAAUAAAAAGCAAGAACUGGAGGAAAUCUUGCAUGAUUUGGAAGCAAGAGUAGAGGAAGAGGAGGAAAGAAAUCAGCAGAUGCAGAAUGAAAAGAAGAAAAUGCAGCAACACAUUCAGGAUCUAGAAGAGCAGCUGGAUGAAGAGGAAGGAGCUCGACAGAAGCUUCAGCUCGAGAAAGUAACAGCAGAAGCUAAAAUUAAGAAAAUGGAAGAGGAUGUCUUGUUGCUAGAAGACCAGAAUUCAAAGUUGGCCAAAGAGAAAAAACUGUUUGAAGACCGGAUUUCUGAAUCUACCUCCCAACUGGCAGAGGAGGAAGAAAAGGCAAAGAAUUUGAGUAAAAUCAAGAACAAGCAGGAAAUGAUGAUUACAGAUUUAGAAGAGCGCUUGAAGAAGGAAGAAAAAACCCGGCAAGAGCUGGAAAAAUCAAAGAGGAAGUUGGAUGGUGAAACCACUGAUCUGCAAGAUCAAAUUGCUGAGCUACAGCAGCAGAUCGAAGAACUAAAGAUUCAACUGGCAAAGAAAGAGGAGGAGCUACAGGCUGCGCUUGCCAGAGGGGAUGAAGAAAGUGUCCAGAAGAAUAAUGCUUUGAAACUAAUCCGUGAGCUGCAGGUCCAGAUUUCUGAGUUGCAGGAAGAUCUGGAGUCGGAGAAAGGUGCUCGCAACAAAGCUGACAAGCAGAAGAGAGAUCUGAGUGAAGAGCUGGAGGCUUUGAAGACUGAACUGGAGGACACUUUGGAUACCACAGCAGCCCAACAGGAACUAAGGAACAAACGUGAGCAGGAGGUAGCUGAGCUGAAGAAGGCUAUUGAAGAAGAGACUAAGGCCCAUGAAAUUCAAAUCCAGGACAUCCGCCAGAGACAUAGCACUGCCCUCGAGGAGGUCUCCGAACAACUUGAACAAGCCAAGAGACACAAAGCCAACUUGGAGAAGAGCAAACAGAGUUUGGAAAAUGAUAACAAAGAGUUGGCUAGUGAGGUGAAGAGCUUGCAGCAAACUAAGUCGGAGUCUGAACAUAAAAGGAAGAAGCUUGAAUCUCAUCUACAGGAGUUUCAGAUCAAGUUUGCAGAAAGUGAAAAGGCAAAGUCUGAGCUUGUUGAUAAAACUCACAAGCUUCAGAACGAGUUGGACAAUGUCUCUGGGCUUCUAGAAGAAGCUGAGAAAAAAGCAAUUAAACUAACCAAAGACACAGCUAGUUUGGAAUCUGCACUCCAAGAUACACAGGAAUUGCUUCAGGAGGAGACACGUCAGAAAUUGAAUCUCAGCAGCCGCAUUCGCCAAUUGGAAGAAGAGAAGAAUAAUCUCCAGGAACAACAAGAGGAAGAGGAAGAAGCCAAGAAGAAUCUUGAAAAACAGCUAGCCACUCUCCACAUGCAGUUGGUUGAUGCAAAGAAGAAAGUGGAUGAGGAUGUGGGGACCAUCGACUGCCUGGAAGAGGCCAAAAGAAAACUUCAGAAGGAUGUAGAGGCCCUCAAUCAGCGCUUUGAGGAGAAGGCGGUGGCUUACGAUAAAAUGGAGAAGACCAAGAACCGUCUUCAACAGGAACUUGAUGAUCUUCUGGUAGACCUGGACCAUCAACGCCAAAUAGUUUCCAACCUCGAGAAAAAACAGAAGAAAUUUGAUCAGAUGCUGGCUGAGGAGAAGAGCAUCUCUGCUCGAUAUGCUGAGGAAAGGGACAGGGCUGAGGCUGAAGCCAGAGAAAAGGAGACUAAGACUCUGUCGUUAACCCGAGCUCUGGAUGAAGCUCUUGAAGCUAAAGAAGAGCUGGAAAGGCAAAACAAGCAACUCCGUGCUGAAAUGGAGGACCUAAUGAGCUCCAAGGAUGAUGUAGGCAAGAAUGUACACGAACUGGAGAAGUCCAAGCGAGCCCUAGAGCAGCAGGUGGAGGAGAUGAGGACUCAGCUUGAGGAACUGGAGGAUGAGCUGCAGGCCACUGAAGAUGCUAAGCUUCGUUUGGAAGUCAACAUGCAGGCCAUGAAGGCCCAGUUUGAGCGAGACCUACAAGCCAGGGAUGAGCAGAAUGAAGAAAAGAAGAGAAUGUUGGUUAAACAGGUUCGUGAACUUGAGGCAGAGCUAGAAGAUGAACGGAAACAGCGAGCACAAGCAGUUGCUGCAAGGAAGAAACUGGAGAUGGAUCUGAAAGACCUGGAGGCCCAGAUUGAAGCAGCUAACAAGAGUCGGGAUGAGGCAAUUAAACAGCUCCGCAGACUUCAGGCACAGAUGAAGGAUUACCAACGGGAGCUGGAAGAGGCUCGGGUUUCCAGAGACGAGAUCUUCGCUCAGUCAAAAGAAAAUGAAAAGAAACUGAAAAGCCUGGAGGCAGAAAUUCUCCAACUUCACGAGGAGCUGGCUGCCUCGGAGCGAGCACGUAGACAUGCAGAGCAGGAACGUGAUGAACUAGCAGAUGAAAUCGCAAACAGCACAUCUGGAAAAUCUGCUUUACUGGAUGAGAAGCGGCGCCUAGAAGCUCGGAUCGCCCAGUUGGAAGAAGAGCUUGAAGAAGAACAGAGCAACAUGGAACUCCUCAACGAUCGAUUCCGAAAAACCACAAUGCAGGUUGAAACUUUGAACUCGGAGCUCGCUAGUGAGCGCAGCACUGGGCAGAAGAGCGAAAAUGCACGGCAACAACUUGAGCGACAGAAUAAAGAACUCAAAGCCAAACUCCAGGAGCUGGAGGGUUCUGUCAAGUCCAAAUUCAAGUCAACAAUUUCUGCACUGGAAGCCAAGAUAGCGCAGCUGGAGGAACAACUCGAACAGGAAGCAAAAGAACGAGCAGCAGCCAACAAGCUGGUGCGUCGUACAGAAAAGAAGCUAAAGGAGGUUUACAUGCAGGUUGAAGAUGAGCGCAGACAUGCAGAUCAAUACAAAGAACAGGUGGAGAAGUCCAACUCACGCAUGAAGCAGCUGAAGCGGCAGUUGGAGGAGGCAGAGGAGGAGGCGACACGUGCUAAUGCUGCCCGAAGGAAACUCCAGCGAGAAUUGGACGAUACCACAGAGACUGCAGAGGCCAUGAACCGUGAGGUCAACACUCUGAAGAGCAGACUAAGGAGAGGAGGUAGCGGUCUGACAUUUACGACUAGUCGAACAGGAAGGCGUGCACUGCAGCUGGAGGGCACGGCACUUGAACUCUCAGAUGAUGAUGCUGACAGUAAAGGGGGCGAUCUCAAUGAAACGCAGACAAGCCAGGGAGAGUAGAGUCAUUUCAUAGUCAGCACAGCUCUUUUGAUUUAAGAGCCUCUGAGCAUAGAAUGAUUUCUGAACUGCUGACUUCUGAUUCUCUCUUUGCCUUUUUUAUUUUUUAAACUGACAAGUUAUAAAUCAUAUAAGCCGUUGUCCUCUUACGUCUUAAUUUUCUUUUGUCUCAACAUAUUGCACCCUGCAUAUUGUAUUCACACAAUUGCUUUUCUUAAAUUGUCUUUGAUAAUCAAGUACUAAUUCGAGCACAUAUUGACUGUUGAGACAACACCUGAACUUGGUUUGGUUUGGAAACCAGAUUUGAAUUCCAGACAUCAUUAAGAUUGGAUUGGGAGGACUCUAGUGUAUUACUAUGCAUGCUACAUGUACAAAUAAAGAUGUAUUUCCAUAUAUCAUUUUGUGGGCAAUUAAUCAAGGUAUUAGUUUGCAGCUGACUGCUGCAUAAAGACCAAACUGUGAUCAUUGCUGGAUCUGUGUAAGCAAGUUUUAUAAUGAGGAAAGAGAAAUUGAAAUAAGUUGCAGUACCUGGUUAGCUUGAGUAUAUUUAAAAUGCAAGGACUGACCCAGACUGUUAGUGCCAACGUAUUUUGAGUAAUCAGUGAUUACAGAUCAUGUAUAGGAUAGUAAAUAACCCAAAUUUAACUGCACAUAAAUACCCUUGAAAUACAAUCUGUCACAAAAUGUAAUUUCAUUCACUUAUUUGCAUCAUGAUUUCUAAUAUGCAUUCACUCCUCUUGCGCAAUAAACUUGUUAGGAACUUAAAACUAUUCUUUCUUCAGAUUGCUAGAGGGGAUUUAAAGGUGGUAAUGGCUGUUGGUGUUCAGAUAAUUUGCACAAAUCAUUUUUGAAGUAAGUACAACUUUGUGUUCAAUAGCUAUACUGGAAAUGAAAAUGUUGUACUUUUGUGUGUUACGGUGUUUGAAGUAUUUCUCUGUCUCUCUUUUCUCAUAUUGUUCCUUACAUUGCCAUACACAGUGGAAAUCAUUAUUUCAGACACUUCUUCUCGGGUGAUAUCAACUCCCUUAGUAACAAUUUUCUACCCUUUUAAAUGUGGAUGAAAACUGGCUUUUAUGGGACAGACCCAGCUGUAGAACGAUUAUUGUUGUCCUUUUUUUGAAUUGUACCACUGAGCACUAACGAACAGUAUUCAGCAAUAUUCUGGUUAGCCACAAUCCCAUAAUCUGAUUUUACAUUCCAGAUUCUCUACUCUUGUUUUCAGUGCUUCAAAAGACUCUCUUGAUGUGAGGUGAUAUACACUUGAUCUUUGGAGAUCCAUAAGAUAAAUAUUUGCAACAAUACCUACAAGCUACCAGAUGCUGAGAGAUUCAAAAUCGUACAAAAAUUCAUAUCGAUCUUUGUUCUAACCAGAAUUAAAUCUGGAGUCAUAUAAACAGAUUUUCAGAAAGUGCCUUAGAUGUGGCUUAUAAUUUGAUUACAAGAGCAAGUAUCACAGUUGAAACCAAUAUAGUACAUUAUGCUGAGUAUGUAACCAUCAAAAUGGUUUUAUAUUUUACUUGCAGCUGUGCUUCACGCCUUGUACAACCCUUGUGAUGAGAAUAUUAUACAGGGGUUUAACUCAGUGUUAUUGAAUAUGUACCUUGAGCCUUCUAUACCAGGCAGGAAUUUCUCAAUUUCUUCUGGUUUAAAGCUUUAACAUCUGUUUGAAGUAUUUUUACUGGCUGUUGACCACCAGGCCCUGUCGUUCUCAUACCUUUGUAUACCUGUGUUUCUAGACAGUUAUACCAUUCAAUAAAAAUUCCUUUGGAAACAAUUUUUUUAAAAAAAAACAAUAAACGUAUUAAAUGCA